AAAAGAGGAAAUUGAACAGGGAGCCCAAACAGACUCGAGUCAAGGAAACGCUGCAGCGAGCAAGCUGCACCUACUAGCAUCACCAGCGCGACAUCAAUCCCGAGCGAGCGGGGCUGCAGAUUUCACUCAGGACCAGUGACAGGUCGGAAUCUUAGUUUCCCGGUCAUCCACGCCUCUCUGACGUUGCCAUGGCUCCGACGCUUGCCACUGCUCACGCCCGGCGCUGGUGGAUGGCGGUCACCGCGGUGAUUGAGAACCUCCUCUUCUCCGCCGUGCUCCUGGGCUGGGGAUCGCUCCUCAUCAUGCUCAAGUCCGAGGGCUUCUAUGCCUACCUCUGCCACGAACCAGAGAACCGGACAAACAGCUCUGUAGAUGGGAACACCAUGGACGUGGUGAUCCGCAUGAACGGCUGGCUGAUCUGCAAGGAACAGGAUGAGAUGCUGAACCUGGCCUUCACCGUGGGCUCCUUCCUGCUGAGCGCCAUCACCCUGCCCCUGGGCAUCGUCAUGGACAAAUACGGGCCCCGCAAACUGCGUCUGCUCGGAAGUGCCUGCUUUUCUGUGUCCUGCAUACUCAUCGCCUAUGGAGCAAGUAACCCAAACUCCCUGUCGGUGCUCAUCUUCAUCGCUCUGUCUCUCAAUGGCUUUGGUGGGAUGUGCAUGACCUUCACCUCCCUCACAUUGCCGAACAUGUUUGGGGAUCUGCGAUCGACCUUCAUUGCUCUGAUGAUCGGCUCUUACGCCUCCUCUGCUGUCACAUUCCCUGGGGUUAAGGUGAUCUAUGACCUGGGCGUAACCUUCAUCACUAUCUUGUUGGUGUGGGCGGCCUGUUCUGGUCUCGUCUUCAUCAACUGCUUCUUCAACUGGCCGCUGGAGCCCUUCCCUGGACCUGAGGACAUGGACUACACGGUGAAGAUCAAGUUCAGCUGGCUGGGCUUCGACCACAAGAUCACAGGGAAGCAGUUCUACAAGCAGGUGACCACAGUGGGGAGGCGGCUCAGCGUGGGCAACUCCAUGAAGCAGCACCCCAAGGACCUGGCCACGCAGGAGGGCAACAAGCUGUGCCUGUCCACCGUCGACCUGGAGGUCAAGUGCCAGCCCCAGGCUGAAGAGACCCCCUCGUUCAUGCGCAGUAUCUUCAGCCCCAUCUUCAUGCUGAGUCUCGUCACCAUGUGUGUCACCCAGCUCCGCCUCAUCUUCUACAUGGGAGCCAUGAACGGAAUCCUGGAGGCCCUCGUCGACGGCAACCUGGACACAGUUGGAAAGAUGAAUGUUGUGAGUCUCUACACCUCCAUCUUCGGAGUCCUGCAGCUGCUCUGCCUGCUCACAGCGCCCGUCAUCGGAUACAUCAUGGACUGGAAGCUGAAGGAGUGCGACGACGGCUCAAAGGAGGACGACGAGAAAGAGCCCAGCAAGGAUGGGAAACAGCCGAAGAAACGGGACCGACAGAUCCAGAAAAUCACCAACGCCAUGCGAGCCUUCGUCUUCACCAACCUGCUGCUGGUGGGGUUCGGGGUCACCUGCCUCAUCCCCAACCUGCCUCUCCAGAUUAUCUCGUUUAUUUUGCACACGGUCGUCAGAGGAUUCAUCCACUCUGGAGUCGGAGGCCUUUACGCUGCUGUAUACCCCUCGACGCAGUUCGGCAGCCUCACGGGGAUGCAGUCUCUGAUCAGCGCUCUCUUCGCUCUGCUCCAGCAGCCCCUCUUCAUGGCGAUGAUGGGUCCGCUCGAGGGAGACCCUCUCUGGGUGAACGUCGGGCUGCUGGGUCUCAGCAUGCUGGGGUUCUGCCUCCCUCUCUAUCUGAUCUACUUCCGCCAGCAGCUUCAGAGACAGAAGAAGCAGAAGGAAGAAGACGCAUCGCUGUUUGUGAAAAUCAAUGGCAGCAACACACAGGAGGCUUUCAUAUAGGGUGAAUUCAAGAGACAGGACUCUGAAUCCAGCGUGUCCACACCAUUAGCUCCCUAUUACUGUCUCUCUCUGUCUCACUUACUCACACACACACACACACACACACACACACACACACACACACACAGACACUCACACACACACACUCACACACACACUCACACACACAAGGGUAUUAUCUCCUGCACUGGUUUUUGCCACUCCGAAAAUCAAGACCUGACUGGAUCUGACUCGAGCGUGAGGUGAGAGGGGAGAGCAGCCGCACAGCCUCGUCCGAGCCGUGGUCAAUAUUUUAUUUUUAUCUUCAUUUCACUGUUUCUGUGGGAGAAGAAUUUCAUCUUGGACCGACCCGCCUUGAAAAACGAAAUACCCCGUCCUGUUAAGAGCGUGAAACCGUAAUCGUAAAGAGGUCACUGCCAACCAAGGGAGGUCAUCUUUUUUUUCGUAAAACUUUUACAAUCACCAUUUAGAACAGAGAAACCUCUCGGAACGUUUUGUAAACUUUUACAACGUCACGUUUUUUUUGUUGGUUUUUUUACAUUUUUUUUUAGAAGGUUGUAAACUUUUACAAAACCUCUUUUCUCAGUGUUUCCUUUUGCGGCUGGAGUGUUUAAAUGCGUUUUCACCCGUGUGACGGUUUUUAAGUUUCUUAAUAAGACAGUUUAAACGUGUUAGCCGAUGCACUCUGGAAGAAAAGAAAAAAAAACCUUGAUCGUUUUAACUGUCUUAUUGGUGCUAUUUUAAUAGUAAUCCUUCACAGAAGAGGAAACUGUCAUACUUUCACAAAGAUCUUUAGGAGCUUUCGCAAGCCAGGCCAGUUUCUACAAUAUUGAACCGUCCUAUACAGCACAGCCCUGUGUCAGUGGCUUAGCUAUUGUUUUAACCUUUAAUACAUCAAAUUUAGCCAAGCGAAAGCAUGCAUGUCUCCCAGCAACGACAACAACAGUGUCAUCAGUUUGUGGUUUGCUUAUCUGUUGUUCUCGGAGUUUGGUGACUGUUUUGAAGAGGAAUGAUUGAAGGACAGUCCAGAUUAAGGACAUUGAGACCGGGAGCUCUUCUGGAAGUCAGGGGGGUGAGGUUAAGGAUUCCCCGUGGACACCGGUGCCUCAUUGCAUUUCAGUCCUGGGGAAACAGCCAUGUGUGCAGCUUCUGGACACAGCAGCACUGUGUGAAAAUGCAAGGGUUCACUUUCGAUUUGAUUUUGUAUUACUAUAGCCACUAUUAUACCAGUAUGUUGUAUUAUUAUUAUUAUUAUUAUUAUUAUUAUUAUUGUUGGUGUUAUUGUUAUUAUUGGCUGAUUGGCAGAAUUCCCUGCUGGUUUAACGUGAUCACACCAGUUAUCAUGACGCAGAGGAUCUGUUAUACAGCGUGUGCAGCCUGUAUUGCCCUGAGCUCACUACUCUGUAGUUAAUGAAUUAUUACCCCAACUCAACAUGCAGAUUUGCACUUAACUACUUAACAGAGAGACAAUGCGGUGCACGCUAAUGCUUCUGUGCAAACAGUCCCGCCAGGCGCAGUAACAGAUCCCAAAGUCAGCAGUCUGUGUUAAUCGAUAAUGGAGACUAGGUAGAAAGAGGGACUGUCCCUGAGCAGAGAAUGCUGCUGAUUGGUGUGACUGCUGUAGCCAGCGAUCACUUUGGGCAGAUUGUAUUAAUGGAUAACUGCCUGCUUCUAAUCCACUCCAGUCUUACCGAUCUAUAAUAACGACGAGCAUGCCCGCGGCCUGUAAUAGAGCGGGCUUUCUCAUUGGUGCCAUGCUUGAGGAGGCGCUUGUUAAAAGAGAGCCAGCCCCCCUAUGGCAUGCUGCAUGACCGCAGUACCUCAAGUUAACCCCUGCUGUUCCAGAAAGACAGCUCUCAACUGCCAACCCCUGUCUGCUGCAUGUGGGGAAUGUAUUUAUACAAGGCAGCGCAACACGAGUCAUUUAAAAAAAAAACAAAGACGUUAAACAAUAUAAUAAAGAAAUGCCUCAUUUGAAUAGCUUCAGAAGCCUUGUGUUUCCCUUUGAUUUGUAUGCUGUCUGUUCUCAUUGUCUUAUAGAAACUAUAGACUGGGUAGAGCUGAGGCGUUGAUUAUUGAGUAAUCAGUGUUACAAAGACGAUGGACAGCACUGAACUUACUGGCAUUUGAAGCUAUUUACUAAGGACAUUAUCACACUGUUAAUGGAAGAAAAAAAAACACACACUUAAAUGUUUUGUUUGGAUUUCUUACAUAGCGGAUGGCGCCUCCUGGUGGCCACAUGCAGUAACUGUGGUUAUCUUUGCUUGUGCUUUUGUAAAAAUCUCAAGGAAACAUGAAUUCUGAAUGACUGUAUGCACACUCCUAAUUAAUUAAUGUGCAUAUAUACAGUCAGACCUGUUUUACAUGAUCACUUAUAGGAUCACUGGCAGAUACAAGUGGUUGAAGUUUGAGAGAUUCAUCUAUACAGGUUUAACUGCAUGUACUGACACAGACCCAAGUGUACUCCUGCUGAAGUAUUGCAUAUACAGUAUUAUAUGUGCUUCAUAUACAGCUCAUGUACACAAAAGAAAAUAAAUGGCAGAAUCUCAA